AUGGACGCGGGCGAUGGGCUCAAGUGGUUCGGCGACGGCUUCGACGGCUUCCCCAAGAAGCUGCCGGAAGACGUUGUGGAAUACAUCAUCUUCGUCAUCGAUGCCAGACUGUCAGACAUCCAGACAAGAGAGCGUCUGCAGGCCUUCCAGCGUGCACUUCAACACCUGAAGAAGACGUUCCUGAAAGAGUACAUCUGGCAGCGAGACGAGAUCAAGCUCGAUCUGGUGCGCGAAGAGGACCGUUGGCUGUUGAAAGGGCAGACCAACUACGGCGACAGCGUUGCUGAUGAGUGGCUGAUAGUCUACUUCCUGCGCGAGCUGAGCAGCGAGUUCAAGGACGCCUGGAUCCGCAUAUACGACACAGACGGCGAGUUCCUACUCAUUGAAGCCGCCAACGCCCUGCCCAAAUGGCUCAGUCCAGAAGUCGCCGAGCACAGAGUCUGGAUCAACACGCAUCGGCUGCUCAUCGUGCCACUAGGCAAGACCGAGGACCCAGCGCCCUUGAAGUUACAGGAUGCACUCACUAUACUCAACCACACGCCAGGCCGUCCUCAACGCUACCCCAAGAUCGAGAAGGAAGCCUUCCACCGCCUGAACAACUACCCAUCAGCCAUCUCAGAAAACCAACACCACGCCACCCUUCCUCUCCCACGGAAGAUAGCACACAUCCUGCACACGGAUCCAUCUUACAUCUCCCCCGCAGUCGAGGCUUUCUACCUCCGUGACCCAAUCUCAUUACGCCUGCUGCAACCCGAGAAGUCAAAAUCAACGCUCAUCUUUCCUCCCGAAGACUUCGUACCGGUCAGUGUCCGCUUCACAAAAGUACUGUACGCACAACUCUUGGGCCAGCACUGGAAUCCACCACCGCAGUAUGAGUCUGCCGUCGAAAGCUUGGUCAGGUCCGGCAAUGCGCAGGAGAAGAGUGAGGUUGCAAUCAAGCUCGCAGCAGGCAUGCAAAUGCUCGUUUCCCACACGCUCUUUGCCGAUAGGAAGGCCGUCCGUGAAAUCAACCUCCUCCUCGAAGACCUAGACAACGGCGACGACGCACUACCCACGAAUACCGAGAUCUCUGCAUGGCCCAAACGCGAAGAUGACGAGAGCUGGCUGGACAUUGACUUCUCCGAGUUCGAGAAGGAACUCCAAGGCAAAGGAGGCGAGAAAGGCUUCGGCGACAAGAACGCGCAAGACAAUCUGAAAAAGAUGGUAGAGCGAUUCAACACGUUUCUUGCUGAUGACGAGGCGGGACACGAAGGUGCAAACGUGGACGAAAAGGAUCCCAUGGACGAGGACAACGACUCUGACCCCGGGAGAGGAUGGGACGACCCCGAAGACAGCGAUGACGAUGACGGGGAUGAGGAGAUUGAGCCCUCUGCAUCGACAUCCAAGGCGAAAGCUACGCCUAAAUCGAAGGCUGCGACCCCGCCCAAAGCUCCAAAGGCUGAAGAUGACGACGACGACACCACAGAAUCCGAAGACGAUGCCGACGCCGACGCUGAGUACGCCGAGUAUGAAAAGUACUUUGAGAAAUACAUGACGCUCCCCGCGCAUGAAAAGGCUAUGCUUACUGAAGACGCGCGCGAACUCGCGCGUGCACAGGACGCCGAAGCCGAAGAGGACGCAGAGAUCAAGCGUUUGACCGAGGCCAUGGAAGCAGAGCUCUUCGGCCACGGAGCUCUGAACCUCAACCCAGCGCAGUCAGACAAAACGGCGGGCCGGACACUGACAGAUGAUGGAAGGCCAGAUAGCAACAUCAAGGCGAAGGCGAAGGGCAAGGGCAAAGCCAAAGUGUCGUUUUCUGCGCCUGCAGAGGCCGACGAUGUCGAGGAAAUCCAGCGUGGAAGCGACGCUGCGUCAGAAGACGAAGACGACGACAUCCUCGACGAAGACUACAACCUCGUGCAGAACAUGCUCGCCGCGUUCAAGGGCCAAGCCGGCGCCGCAGGUCCCGCGGGAAACAUGCUGAAGGCCAUGGGCAUCCAGUUCCCGCAGGAUGCUGACGAUGAGAUCCAGGGCUCUAGCACGAGCAAGAGCAAGAACAACGUUGGUGAGGGCAGGGCAAGUGCUAAUCCGAUGCGGAAGCAGGACUGGUACAUGAAGUAG